UGUGCUCAUUUGUUUGUGCAUGUAAUUGAAAUUAUUUGAAUUAGUUUCAAAUACGUGCGUUUCGUAUCUAAGAAAACAGUCAGGUGGAAGAAGCGAUAUUUUAUCCAAAACACCAAAAACCAUUUUAAUGAUGAGUAUUAUAUGUAUUAUACUUAUGAUUUUACAUUUUCGUUUCAGCAUAUCAGAAAAUGUACACAUGACAAAAGUAUUUAUAUUGCCUAUAGAGCCGGAAAUAUUUAAUUGGACAGAAAAAGGAAACGACCGGUACUCUUACCAGCCGUCCCUCCAGAGCGCCCCGGAUCUCCCGUCGUGGAUGCAGUACACCUACAGCGAGCGCCACCAGAUAGGCCUGCUGUACGGCGUGCCGCCUCUGAACCACCGCGACCUCACGUUGGAAAUUGUUGGCCUGGACCGAAAGACCUAUGAAACAAGACAGAGGGACAUCCACAUAAAUGUUAACAAGAAAGAUGACCCGGCCAAGUACGAGGUCCAGCUGAAGAUCCACAACCUGAACGUGGAGGACAUGUUCGACUCCCGGCGGCUGGACCGCCUGCUGGGCAUCUUCCGCAAGAAGCUGUGGACGGAGAGCGACGAGGACCUGUACGUGACGUUCCUGGCCUCCGCCGUGCAGCUGGGCGGCCGCCUCCCGCUCAGGCCCGGCGAGGAGGAGGGGGUGGUGAUGAGGAUCGGGAGCACUGCCCCCUUCUCGUCGCUCCUGGUGGAGCUGCAGGAGGAGGUGAGGCCCCUGUGGAAGAGGGGCUCGUGUCCCCGGGACUUCAAGCGCACCACCGUGGAGUGGCUGUUCCGAGACGCCGGCCUGGCGCUCGACUGGUGCGCCUUCCGACUGAUAGAGGGCAGCUCGUCGUCCGGGCUGAAGCACUCGUCGCGCCACGACGCCGUGCUCCCCCCGGGGGCCCGGGGCCUGCCGCCGGGCGACCGCUGGCAGCGGCCCGACCGGUCGCAGGUGCCGCGACGCAGCUAUGUGGGCGAGUUCCUGCUCACCAUCGCCGUGCCCAUGGUCGUGCUGGUGCUGCUCGCGCUCCUGCUGUCCUUCAUCCUCUGCUUCCACCGCGAGGGCAUCGGCGGGAGCGGGAGCGGCAGUGUGACGCGGGGGACGUGUGGAGCAGGAGCCGGCGGGAGCAGCGGGAGGCCUCGGAGACGCAGCUGGUGCAGUACGCGGCGUCCCAGCGGGCCACGCAGACGCUGCGCUCGCUGUCCGGCCGGCGGCCGCCCUCCUCCUCGGAGCGGACGGGCAUGUCUCGCUCGCGCACGGCCAGUCCCGGCAGCUCGCUGGCCCGCAGCUCUUCCCCCCGGUUGUUGGUGGAGCCCAGCCCUUACUAUCGUCCGGAUCCUCCCCCCUACACCGGCCCUACGCGAAGCAUUGGCAAUCAUGCAGAUUUCUGACUAAGGGAGGAAGUCAAAACUUGGUACUGCUGAGUUAGUCUGAGAAGCAGAUAAGCAAGUCAUGAGCAAGAAUCCCCGAAGAGUAGUGGUUGUGAAGCUGUAAAUUAUAGAACCUCAGCGAGUUAGUAGGCUGGGCGUACUUUGUCCGACAUAGAAGUUAUUAUUGUACACUCUGAAGUCUCUCAAUUUGCACACUCUGAUGUUGUUUCGUCUGUUCAAUUAUACACUGAUGAAGUAUAGUGUGUUGUAUUGUAAACUCUGAUCUAGAGAGGUCUUUAAUAUUGUACAUGCCGAUGUAGUCUAGUGUGUUAAACUGUACUCUCUGAUACUGUUUGGUAGGUUAAAUCACAAUGUACACAUAAUUAAGGCAUUGUUCAAAUUACUAAUCAGUUCGUAAUUUUGUGAUUUUGGUAAGUAGUUUUCCAUUCAUUUUCUUCGUACUCAACUUUCCAAUGCGGUUAACGUUAAACAAUUUAAAAUUAGGUUUAAAGAGUUUAUAUUUAAAACAUUGUACUAUUUUAUUUUAAGAAAUAUCAGAAAUGCCUCAAAUGCAACUACAGAUGAUAAAAAUACACAUAAUUUUAACCACUAAUGGUUUUAUUGAAUUCAUUAUCAAACAUUAUUAAAGCCACAUAUCAUGGCUAACUGCUGUUUUUAAUAUUUAUUUCGAUUACGAUGCACAGUUUAUAAGUUCAAAGUAAAUAACACAAAGAUUUUAUUUAAUAGGUCACCAAAUUGGUUAAUGUGUUGUAUUUUUUUUUUAUAGAUUUAUUAGAUUCAAAACAUGAGGGGAAAAAAUGAAUGAAAUACGCCAUUAUUUUUGUAUGUAAAAUUUGGUUAUGUAAGUACAGUAAACUCCCGGUAUAUCGCGCCCCGAUUGAUCGCGGAAUCGGGUAUAUCGCGGGUCAAACCAUGUCCCCCAGUCAGAAAUGAAUAAUAAUGGAAUAAAUGGUUGAUAGCCGAUUAGGAUAAUUUUGCAUUGUAACAAACAAACUAAGCAUCGGGCAGAAAAAAGCCUAGGCGUAGAAAAUGUCCGCAGUGAAAUUCUAAACAAGAUAUCUCCGUACAUUAUUCCUCUAUCUUGUAGUGUUUUCAAAUUAUGGUCCAAUCCAGCCCAGUGAUAUUUUCUGAAAGACUAGUUCUUAACGUCGCUUUAUCUCACAAAUGAAGCAGGGGAUCUGAUAAAGCCCACCGUUCAGCAACAUUAUCCAGCGUGACUAGGCUGGGGAUUGAUGUUGGAUAGGCUUGGUUGUCGGCAAGCGCUGGGUAGGGAGAGGCGAGCCGAGAAUAUGGAGAGAGGUAGAGAUUAGAGCGGGCAGAAACAGGUCGAGGGGGAGUGGGGGAGGGAAUGUGUUCACGCAGCACACAGGCAGAGCAUGAGUCACUUGACUGAGCAGUGUCCCUGCGUACAAGGCAAAAUCAGGUAGUCCGGUGUUUAAAAUUCCACUCCAGAAUCAUAAUUGGUACAUCUGUAUAUAAAUGUUUUGUUACAACUUAAACCUACAGACGUUAUAUUAUUGGGUAAUUCAUUGUAUUAUACACGUUCAUCUUUUUACUUUGGUAUAAUGUUUUAACAUUAAAUGGUAAAGUAAAUCAGCUAGCGUAUUUUUAAUCUUUGCCCAGGAAUUCCCAGUGGUCCAAUACUUACGUGAACCAUACUGUACCACGUUUGCCGUGAGGUAGUAAACAAUUCCCGGAAAUGUUUAUGUGUAGCGGUCUCCCGACCUUUAACCAGAGGCUGGGGAAUAUAAUACUUGCCGAUCCGAGCAACACACACUCAGCAACUCGACACAGUGUUUGGUGAAAUAAGUAAAGACAUGGUUUAACACGGUUUUUAAUACGGCGUCACUGAUUGCGCUAAAAUUAAAUUGGCGCAAUUUUUGUUUCCCACACGUGACCAUUUAUAAUUUACUGUAAGCAUGGAUAAUAAAGUUUAACCACUUGACACGAUAGACGAUUCUUUAUUUUUUAUUGUACGAAUGCUAGAAUAGUUUUUUCCUGUAUCUGCGGCCUACUUCUGCAAAAGACAAGCUAUAUGUAAGUAAAUAUAGAAUUUUUAUUUUGUCAAUCAAACUCGGUACUUUGCGAUUCAUAUUCGGUUUGAAGUAUCACUACGGCCUUUCUUUUUAGAAGACUUCGACCACAGAAUCGUGUGUAACCGCACACACUGCACUUACUUUGUUACGGACACUGACGAAGCAGAUACUGUGGCUGACACCACGAGACUGGCAGCAGCUUGUGUGCCGCACGUGUGUAUGGCGGCGUGUGGCGCGCUCGUAGGCCGUGCGACAAACUGUGCGCGGCACGCGGAAAAAUAAAAACAAUUCAACAUUUAAUAUUUAUCUUUAAAAUUUAUUAUUUUUAUUUUUUCACCCGCGUUUAGUGAAAACUGCGGAUGCAAAGUCCGCACAACGGCGGGCCGUCUAUAUCUAUACUGUGCGUGCUUGCCGACCUAUUAGAACACAGGCGGUGUUUUAUGCCUUUUGACCUUGGUCACAUCGAAACAUCGCGGUUAUGCAACAACGCGGGUAAAAGUUAUGUCCCCCGACAACCGCGUUAAAUAGGGAGUGUACUGUACUAUUAUUUCGCACAAAAGUGUCAAUUUGAACACGUUUUAAAUAUAACAUCCGAGUGGCAUAAGUGUUGUAAUCAAGGCAUAUAUGCUCAGCCCGGUCACCUUUCCAUGUAUAGAAUGCAACAGGAAUGUCACAAACAAGCUCAUUUUACCCUUGUGGAUAAUUUAAAAGGAAAAAAGGCAUCAAGCAUUCAGUUAGUUAUCCAUUCAUUUUCGUACUUCAAGGCUGGCCAAAGUUUGGAUCAUGAUUAGCCACUGGUGAACCGCAAAAGUAAACAUUAACUUGAAGUAGUUCAUGUUUCCCCUAAGUGUGACUGCCCCUAGUCUAUAUACUCAUCAUUCAUUGGUAAGUUUUCUUGUGUGCCAUAAGCUAUUUACCGGUAGCUGCUACUAAUACUUAGUAGUUUUAUCGUGAAGAGUCUAGUCACAAUUACGCUUUUUUUUGUUUGAUAUUUUGUUGUAAUACUGAAUAAUUUAUAAGUGAAUUUUUGUUAUUACAUUUUUUAAUAAUAUAAGAAUUAUUUAUGAAUUUUUUGUAAUGAUUGCAAAGUAAUAAACUAUUAUGGUUA